AGUCUCGGCCUCCUGGCCGGCCUCUUACCGGUGCUGACCGCCUGUCCCCAGAACUGCCACUGCCACGGCGACUUGCAGCACGUCAUCUGCGACAAGGUGGGGCUGCAGAAGAUCCCCAAGGUGUCGGAGAAGACCAAGCUGCUCAACCUACAGCGCAACAACUUCCCAGUGCUGGCCACCAACUCGUUCCGCACCGUGCCGAACCUCGUGUCGCUGCAUCUGCAGCACUGCCAGAUCCGCGAGGUGGCCGCAGGGGCCUUCCGCGGCCUCAAGCAGCUCAUUUACCUGUACCUGUCCCACAAUGACAUCCGCGUGCUGCGCGCAGGCGCCUUCGACGACCUGAGUGAGCUCACCUACCUCUACCUGGACCACAACAAGGUGACUGAGCUGCCCAGGGGGCUGCUCUCCCCGCUGGUCAACCUCUUCAUCCUGCAGCUCAACAAUAACAAGAUCCGGGAGCUGCGUGCAGGAGCCUUCCAGGGUGCCAAGGACCUGCGCUGGCUCUACCUGUCCGAAAACGCGCUCAGCUCCCUGCAGCCCGGUGCUCUGGACGACGUGGAGAACCUCGCCAAGUUCCACCUGGACAGGAACCAGCUGUCCAGCUAUCCCCUGGCUGCUCUGAGCAAGCUGCGUGUGGUGGAGGAGCUGAAGCUGUCCCACAACCCCCUGAAAAGCAUUCCAGACAAUGCCUUCCAGUCUUUUGGCAGAUACCUGGAGACCCUCUGGCUGGACAACACCAACCUGGAGAAGUUUUCAGACGGUGCCUUCGUGGGUGUGACCACACUGAAACACGUCCAUCUGGAGAACAACCACCUGAACCAGCUGCCUUCCAACUUCCCCUUCGACAGCCUGGAGACCCUCACCCUCACCAACAACCCCUGGAAGUGUACUUGCCAGCUCCGAGGCCUUAGGAGGUGGCUGGAAGCCAAGACUUCCCGCCCCGAUGCCACUUGUGCCUCACCCGCCAAGUUCAAGGGCCAGCACAUCCGUGACACGGACGCCUUCCGAAGCUGCAAGUCCCCCACUAAGAGGUCCAAGAAAGCCGGCCGCCAUUAAACAGGUCCCGACCCAGCUGGUCCUGGUGACUGGCCUCUGCCUUCUGCCGGAGAGACUACUGACCUUCCCACUCUGACCCGGCCUUCUCCUCACAGCCUCUGCUGAUGCACAGAGCUGUCCACACCUAGACAUGUCCUGGCGGGAGCUCGGUGCUCCAGCAGAAGCCCCGCUCCACCCAGCAGCGAGAGCACCAUCACACCUGCCCCCACCCCUGGGCUUUUCCCAGAGAAGCGGUGCAGAGACCCCCCCCCCAAGGCCUUCAGAACCAGAACAGGGCAGUCAUCAGGAUGGCCGCCUUCCAGAAUUCUCCCCCUCUGCUCCCCUUGCCCUGCCAUUUGGAAAUAAACAUCAACCCCUUGCCCCAAUCCUUGCUUCCAGAAAGGGUCCGGAGCCUAACUCUGCCAGCCCGCCUGCCAGGACACGCUAGCAGGACACCGGUGCUUUGCUCCAUAUCCUGUGCUGCGUUUCUUCCUCAGAUUUCUAUAAAUAUAAAUGUGUGUAUGUAUAUUUA